AUGCAGUACUUCACCAUUCUUGCGCUUACCGCUGCUGCCUUCGCUGCUCCCCUUGAGGAGCGCCAAGCUGGUCUCUGCUCAUCAGGCUCUCCCCUCUGUUGCGCGACCGAUAUCCUCAAUCUCGCCAUUCUGGACUGCCAGACUCCUCCCACCACACCCACUGGCAUCAACAACUUCAUCGACAUCUGCUCCGCCGGAGGUCAGCAGGCCAAGUGCUGCUUGCUUCCAAUUCUUGAGCAAGGCCUGAUUUGCACCGAUGUGAAUCGCCAGGCUGAGUAA